GCCUAUGAAGACGGGUUAUAAGCGAUAGACCGUUUACGGACCGUCUUGACUCCUGAGCGGUGAAUACUCACACUACUCGCCGAGAGCGUACUCCUAGUACGCUGGGAUGUCUAGUUGAGGAGAUUGCCGGGGUCGACCAGCCUGGGGUCGACGCAAAGUCGUGCUGAUUGGCGAUGAUUUCAGCUGACUCGGAUGAGAACUUACAUCCUCUCGAAUAUGCGACUUCUCACUCAUUGAUGGAAGAGGGAUUUGUCGGAUAGAGUCGGCGACCCUCUCACUGGGUCGAGGGACUCCCUUCGGAGAGCCUCCGAGACCCAAACUCUGCCGGCGCCGCACGAUGUCAAACUCAAACUUAAAGCGUGAUGACACCAGCGCCUGUGGGAUAAUCGUGUAACGGUCGACCAUCGCUUUGUCGGACAGACUCUCGACAUUCAACACUGAUGCAGUACCUUGACAGACAGUCGCACACCAACAUCAUCAAUGCCGUGUCUAUCUGGGAAACCGGUCCCCUAUCUGUUCACAGCAACCCCGAAUUCCCCUAUGUACCUCGCUUGGGGGUAGAUGGGACGGAGGUCGCCGCUGCGGCCAUCGCUUUGUACCUCACUUUGGUCUUGAACACCAAAGGAGGUGAGCACGCAGUCCUCGGCUCGGCAAACGGUAAUCGCCUGUGCGAGAUCAUAAACCUUGCGCGCGACCUCCCGGCUAUCGAUCCACUCAUCUCUUUCAACUCUCAUACUGCAUCGAUCGUACACCCGCUCAAACGUAUGAGACAUAUGAUAUCUACUGGGGAAGGCCGUCCAACUGGCUUCCGGCAACGCCUCAAGCGGCUGCUUCGGUUGAGUCCCGGACGCACUGGCCUUUCUGAGGAGCAGGAGGCGAUGUUAGACCAUGGACUUCAUAGUCUGCUUUGUGAUAUGCGGAAGAAACGACCGUACAUUCCGAGGAAUGCCAAUGAUGUUUUAGGAACUCAGAAUCUGCUCCAUCUCUCGCUGGGAUUGCCACUCACCAUCGUAUGGAUCAUCUUGGAGCGUGCCGAGUACUGAGUCCGGGCAGUUGGCACUGCGAUAGUCAGAUCGAGAGUUCCCUCAAUCCCAAACUUGGAAGUAGUUUUCUAUGGGACAAAGGCGCGAGUACCAGUCUUCGCCAAGAGCGUUAGACCCGUCCGCAG